AUGAUUUCAGGUAGAGGACCCGCUGGGCAAGAUCUUUCGUUAACGUACGCAAAUCGUGCUUUACCAACGACUCUGUCAGCUCUCUCGAUGAGUUUGAUGAAUAUUUUACGGCAUGUUCCGAACGGUGUUGUGGCAUUCUUUCCGAGCUAUGAGUAUAUGUCUGCGUUCAGCAAGAGCCUUAAAUCGACUCCAUUGUUCGAGAAGUUCAAUGUUUGUGAUAAUAUCUAUUGA